GCCUCGGUAUAUUGCUGACUAAACGCGUAAAGCUCAAAGAUAAUAUCCCCUCAACGAAAUAUUUCCGUCUUCACUUCCCCUCCCGUCAGCAAUCAACCCAUUUGGAUCACUGUCAAUCUUAUUUAUUUACAGCGUUCCUGAUUGCAAUCUCAUCAUGAUGCAACCAACUUCACAGAUCGAUAUUGACGCCAAGACAAUAUAUAAUUACCAUCGUAUGGGGAUGCCUCUCAGUCCCGCAACAGCCAUAUUCUGUCUGUGUAGUCUCGACAAACGUGUCGCGGUCCGUGCCGCACAGCUGUUUUUUGAUGGGUACGGGGAGUACCUCAUCUACUCUGGUGGAGUCGGCAAGUUAACAGCGGGUCGAUUUACCGAGCCUGAAGCUGAGGUCUUCGCGGGCAUUGCGAGGCAAUUGGGUGUGCCAGACGACAAGAUCAUUGUGGAGCCGCGAUCUGGCAACACGGGCGAAAAUGUCCGUUUCACACACGCCCUUCUAAAACACCGAGGGUUGAAUGUGAAGAGCUUUGUGCUUGUACAGAAGCCGUAUAUGGAAAGACGGACUUAUGCUACUUUUCUGAAGCAAUGGCCCGAUACGGCUACGGAUUUUACAGUAACAAGCCCAAAGCUGGAAUUUGAACAAUACCCAGACACGGAGAACCCGAAGGAACUGGUCGUCAAUAUCAUGGUUGGAGACUUGAUAAGAAUUCGAGAAUACCCGAAGAAGGGCUUCCAAAUCGAACAGGAGAUUCCCGAAGCAGUAUGGGAGGCCAACCAGCGUCUCAUUGCAGCCGGAUUUGACGGUCAUCUGCCUUGACAGAUGAUCAAAGUCUUCGGGCCACGGACUAAUACAGCUUUGCCAAUUCGACCUGAGCUCUCUGUCUGAUUCAUGU